AAUCAGCUCCAGAUAGGAUUUUGACACACAGGAAGCGAAUCUGAAGCACCGGCUUUUUAUGACUCGGGCCACCACCCUUUGACUCGGGAGCAAAGAGCACAAAAACCACAUUCACGGUUCGAAAGAAACACGCAGCUAAUGAGAAGAUGUGCAUUAUUCAGCAGUGUCUAACACGUGAUUCAGAUUAGUGAGAAAUGAGCUAAUGUUAGUAGAUUAGGUAAUUGCAAGAUUUAUCCAGACUGGUGGUUUGACGUACUAUUGUGUACUUAUCUGUGUCUUUUGCAGGUCAUCCACAAAGUUCCUCUUAUCUGGAUAUAUUUCAUGCAGAACGUGAUAGGCUGGAAAUGUUAUUAUAUCUUCAGAAAACAACGGAAGUGACUGAAAAAUUUAGAGAUAUUCUUCGACAACACCAAAGUUUCCUCACAAUGCUCACAAUAAGUGAAGAAUGCAAAGAAAUUUAUUCUUGAAAUAUGGCUCUUUCAGAAUCACUUAUUACACUUUUUUCCUUUCUCUUGUCUCUCUGCAAAAAACGGUUGUAUCCACCUUUCAUACUCUAUCAUAUGUCUCUCGUUCUAAUAGCAAAAGCAGUCCAACUCAGAGCUUCUCGGAUAAAAAUAAAGAGCUAAAUUUAAUUCCUAUCUUGAUUAAUAAAAAAUUGAAAAUUUUUUCCAAAAACAAGGCCUUUCUUGUUCCACAAACUUAUAGAGUUGUUUUGCUAGAAAAUUACAAGAAAGCAUGUGAAGCUAAUUUAAAGAAAGUAGCUGCUACGAAUCCAAACCCCAAUCAAAAUCCUAUGGUUUUGCCUUUUAAUUUAUAUCGAAAUCUUUUAAAUUUCCCAUUUUUUGAUGGUAAAAACUCUAAUAAAUUUCAAAGUUUAUGGGAUGAUUUUUGUUUGAGUAAUCAUGAUUAUGAUGAUCUUUUUGAAAAUUUAAUGUCAAAUAAUUUAGAUUUGAAUGAAUUUAAACUCUUUGUUGCUUUUACUAUAAAAUUAUCAUUCACAGAUUCUCUUAUCCUCAACUGUUUUAACUUUUUGACCAAGAGUUACUUCUUUAACAACAAUGUUUUAACAAAAAUCCAAUCUUUACCUAAUCAUCUGCAUUCAAGUAAAUCCCAAAUUUCAGAUCAAGAAAAAAAAAAAGAAAAAGAUUUGAGAAAUUUAAAAUUAGAAAAAAUAACUUAUUUCAGAAAUGAUAUUUAUAAUUUAUUUCUUUCUUCAUGUUUUAUAUCUUUAAAUUUGGAUCUAGCAUAUCAAAUUCAUUCACAAAUAUUUACAUUAGUUGAUCCUUCAACAAUAAAUUGGGAAAUCAUAAUCAAAUCGGCUUUCUUAAAUGAAGAAUAUAAUUACAUUCAACUCAAGCCAGAUUUCAAUCAAAAUAACACUUCUUCAACCAUAAACCAAGAAAAUGAUGAUUCUUCUUUCAAAUCAUCUAUUCUCGAUUAUUUUUUUACUAAAUCAUCUGAAACUCAAAAUGAUAAUGAUAAUGAUAAUAAAAAUAAAAAUAAAAAUAAUCAUAACCAUAAUGUCAAUAAUAAUUUAAAGACAUCAAACGUACAGUACUCCUCUUUGCAUGUACUAUAUGAUCUAUAUAAAUCAUUAAACUUCACAGCUGCCGGUCAGGGGUUUUACAAACACUUGAUUUGUUUUUUUAUUAAAUAUUCUCUGCCAUUUAACAAUUUGAAUAGAAAUCAUUUUUCUCCUUUACUUAUAUUGGACUACAAUCUCUUUUUAUUUUCAAAUAAUGAUCUACCACCAAAUAGCUCUUAUUUAGAACCAAUUUUAGACCACCUAACCUCGGAAAAGCUUAAAGAAAAAAUCAAUUCAUCUGUGCAUAAAAACUAUGUAGAUGCUUUUUUCAAUCUUUUAUUUCGAAAUCAAAAAAAUUUAUCAUAUAUCAUUAAUUCUAACAUUAGAAAAAAACCAUCUGAAAACCACUUUACACACCUUUGGUUGCAAAAAUCAACAUCAUAUAGAAUAUUAUCUUUAAUUAACCAAUCCUCUUAUCCUUUAGAAAAUCUUGAGCAUUUUUUAAGUUGUUUAUCAUUAAAUCAUGUCUAUUCAUCAAUUUAUUUAAAAAACCAAAUAAGUUUUUGGAACAAUGUUUAUUUUCAUUGCUCAAUUAUUCCAAUUAAGAAAAUUGAUCUACUUUUCAACGGAUUUUGUGCAGAUUUAUUUUCAAUACAAAAGAUUGAUAAAAGCUCACCUAUGCCAUUUUUUUUUUUAUCUGAUUCAAGUUAUUUGAUUUACGACAUAAAAUUCAAAUUGUUAUUAAAGAAGCUUGAUAAAUAUAAAGUGACUGAGAAAAAUAAAAGGUUUGCUUUAUUUCUUGAAAUUGUUCAACUAUUUAACAAGUACAUUUCUUCAUUUCCAAUUGAUAGUAUUUUUGAACGAUUUGAAAAGUCUUUUCAAGAUUCGAAUAUAUUGUCUCCUCAGUUCAUUGGUUGCUAUAUUAAAAUAGGCACUUAUAAAGAUAUUUUUUUUUCUUUGUCUUUAGAAGCUUCCGAAAACCAAUACUCGGAAAAAACUUUUCAAUUGGUUUUAAAGCUUUUGUUCAAGUUCAGCACUUUAUUGCUAAAAAUUCACAAUGGAACUAUUAAUGAGACAGAUCCCAAAAAAAUAAUGAUCAUGAGGAAAACAAUAUUGAGUUACAUGUUUCAGAUUUGUAACAAUUAUAUUUAUGGUUUUUCUAAUUUUGAUUUUGAGAAAAGCAAUUUCAAAGCUAACCAUGGAAUUGGCAAGUUGAAUUAUUCGUUAAAAAGUAAAAAUCUUCUUUCACCAGCACAAAAUAAGUUUUAUAAACGGUCUGAUAAGGAUUUAAUUCAGGAUGCUAAAACGAUGGAAAGUGUUAUAGCCGCUAAGUUUGCUAAUGUUAAAUUGAUUCUUAAAAUUUUUGAAAAAUUGAAUCAUGAGGAGCUAAUAAAUGCGCUGGAAUAUAAAAAAUUUGAUAAUGUACGACUCUACUACUACACAAAAACUAAAAAAUUUUCUGAAGCAAUUAGUAUAAUAUUAGAAUCCUUUAUUGAAAACCAAUCCUCAAGACUACAAGACAGUAAGAAAGUUUUCAAUGAUGUUGUUGAUGGUAAAAUUGAGGGUGAAAUAAAAUUUAAAAAUAUUUUUAUUUUGUUCAACUAUCUUUUAUAUAAUCAUCAAAUGUUUAAUGAGGAAAAAUAUAAGAAUUUUACGAAUGUGACAUUUCGAAAUCAUAAAGAAUUUUUAAAAUAUAUUGUUGACUUGUUUAUUAAAAUUCUUGAUGACGCGAGAUUUGAUAGACUUAACAAAGAAGAAAUUUCUAUGAUGCUUUUGAUUUGGAAGAAGAUUUUAGCAAAUUAUACUUAUUCAUUUUCAUCUUUUUGUGAGUUGGAAAUCUUUAUAUGUUGGUUGGUAAAUUAUCUUCAGAAUAAGAAAAUUUCUAUUAAAGUUAUUCAAGAAAAAGUUUUUGAUCAUAGCAAUGUAUUGAAAAUAAUUAUUGCGGGAAUAGUUAAACAAAAAGACUAUCCAUUUGUUGGGCUUUGGCUUUUACAAAAAUUGAAAAAAGAGUAUAAGAUGAAUUUAAGCCAAUUGAACGAAAAUAAAAGUAAAAACCACAUAAUGAUUGAAAAAAUCCGGAAAGUAAUUAAAGAUAUUUUUUUCAAAGUAUAUUUUAGUGAGAAUAGAGAUGAAAGAAAGUUGAAGUUUAAAAGAGGGUUAGAUAGUCAAGAUAUGACUAAGGAAAUGAAUGGAAAUAGAGAUGGAAGUAUCAAUGAUGAUGGUGAUUUGGGUUUAAAAGAGAACUGGAAUAGAAAAAACAAUAAGAUUAUAAUUUGUGAGGAUUUAAAUUUAAUGAACCAAAUGAAUGAUAUAAAAUAUAGAGAUAUUUUUGAAAAUAGAUUUUACAAUAUUGAAAGCGCAUUGAAUGAAUUUAAUCGAUUAGGAGAGGAACUUUUCAACUGAAAAGUGAUAAAAGUUAAAAGAGAAUGAAAUGGAACAUAAGGGUGUUGUAUUAUUGAUUAAAAGAGGAUAUUUUUACAUUUGGAUAUUUAUAUAUAUAUAUACUUUUUUUUUUUUCGUUUUUACUGUUUUUCAUUUUUUUUGUUUGUUUGUUUGAUUAUAAAUUGGAUUGUAAUUUACAAAGGAAAAG